AGUUGCAAUUUUUUAUUUUAUAUAGAUCUCCACGUUGUGAGAACCAAUAGUAAGAAGUUAAAGCUUAGUGUUUUUUUUUAUUUGUUUACCAACAAAAAAAAAGCCCACUGAAUUAUUAUUUUUUAAGCUACUGAAUUUAUUAUGUAAACAAAUUACUGAUAUUUUGAUUAAAGAAAACAAUUUACUGAUAUUUUGAUUAACAAAUUAAACUCCCAAUAUAAUGUAGCUAGGGGAUAUCCUUUUUGGCUUAAGAAUACUUGGACAAUGAUAUGGUUCCUGUCUGAUUAGUGGUUUUCAGCUAACUUUGUCCAUUUUUGCUACUCACCUGUUUGAGUCACUUUUGGGUGCAUCUCUGUAUAUUCUAAAACUUGUUUCUCUGUUUAUAAAAUAUAGUUGUCAAAAAAAAGAGUACAAACUCCCAAUAUGAAGAGGGAAUUAUGAUUCAUGAAGUCCAAUAACAACACCCAAUAAUGUCGAUGCUACUCCCUCUGUUUCUUAUAGAUUUUUUUUUUUUUUAAAUGUUUCAAAAAUAUACAUUUUUUACAUUUUCAAGAUUUUAAUUAAUAAAAAAUUGUACUUUUCAAAAAAUACAAUUGUGUUUAAUAAAAUUUCAUUAGUUAAAAGUUAUUGGGAAUAAUUAAUUAAGAAAAACAAUGUAUUGGAAAAUAUAAUUUUAAAUGUUUUUUUAAUAAGUGUGAAAAAACUAUAACAUGAAUCUUUUAGGAACGGAGAGAGUAUAUUUUAAGGACAAUCUUUAAUUCUUAACCUUAAAAUCUAUGAAAAUUAAUGUUAAAAGAAAAAUCUAUGGAAAGUUAAUGUUAAAGAAAAAAAGGAAAAUUCAUGUUCAAAAUUUAUGUUGAAAAUCAUUAGAGCUCGUGACUUUUAAUACCGGGUCCCUUGGCUAAUACGGAGGACUAUUAUUUUCCAAAUAGUUCAACCCACGUGAAAAAGACUUGCAAUUGAAUAAACAAACAUGUAGUCCACUAAACAACACCCAACAACGAAUAUUUUAACGAUAAUCUUUGAUCUCCAGAUCAUUAGAUCUAGUCAAAAGUUUUCUUCCUUGCAAAGAACUUUGAAGGUUAUUACAAAACAAUGGCGAAGAAAGCUGUGUUGAUCGGGAUCAACUACCCAGGGACUAAGAUAGAGCUAAACGGCUGCGUCAACGACGUUCACCGGAUGCACAAGUGCCUCGUUGACCGGUACGGGUUCUCCGAGAAAGACAUCACGGUGCUGAUCGACACCGACGAUUCUUACACGCAACCCACAGGCAAAAACAUCCGUAAUGCCUUGUCUAAACUCAUAACGCCAGCUAAGCCCGGUGAUGUUCUGUUCGUGCAUUAUAGUGGACACGGUACGAGGGUCCCACUGGAAGAAGGGGAAGAGGAUGACACGGGGUUUGAUGAAUGUAUUGUUCCUUGCGACAUGAAUCCAAUCCCUGAUGAUGAUUUCAGGGAUUUAGUGGACCAAGUUCCAUCGGGAUGUAAGCUUACGUUCGUAUCAGAUUCUUGUCACAGUGGUGGACUCAUCGAUGGAGCCAAGGAACAUAUCGGAGAGAGCACCAAUAAGAACCGAAACCAAGAACACAAAGUUCAAUUUCUCGAACUCGAGAUAUGGAACUUCUUUUAUAGCGUGUUGAUGAAGUUUCUUGCGCUUUGUGGGAUCUGGAGAUCUCAGGAAGAACAAGACAAGAUUGAGAUCACAGCGAGAUACGAAGUUGGCAAAUCAAGGUAUCUGCCAAUGGAGAGCUUCAUCAACGUUCUCAAAGAGAAAACUGGCAAAGACAACAUCGAGAUUGGGAAAAUAAGACCGACCCUUUUCGAUGUGUUCGGUGAAGAUGCGAGUCCCAAGGUGAAGAAGUUCAUAAAAGCGAUGCUCACCAAGCUAGAUCAAAGUGGUUUAGUUGAGAGUGGUCGUGAGAUCUAUAGAGGAGGAUCAAGCAAGGGGUUGGUUUCAGACAGAGGGAUACUGUUGAGUGGGUGUCAAACGGAUGAGACAUCAGCAGAUGUGAAGAAGAGUGGAGAAGCUUAUGGAGCUUUUAGUAACGCGAUUCAGAUGGUUUUGUCGGAAGGUGGUGGGGAGAAAGAUAAGAUCACUAACAGGGAAUUGGUUUUGAGAGCAAGAGAGAUGCUGAAAGAACAAGGGUUUACUCAGAGACCAGGAUUGUAUUGUAAUGACCGUUUUGUGGAUGCUCCGUUUAUAUGCUAACUAUUGUUUUCAUUCAAAACUGUUUUUGCUACUGAUGGUUGUGAAAGUUUUUGUUCGAUAUGGUGUGAACACAGAGAAUAUAUUGGCCACAAAGUCAUUUUCUUUUUUUGUAACUUAUCAAAGUCAUUUUCCUAGGUAUUGGUUCACUCAUGUGGGGGCAGUUAACAAUAGUGGUUCACAAACAGCAGAAGAAGAUAGAGUAAUUAGUGC